UGCUUGGAGGCUUUCGUCAGAGCCCGGCUGGCGCCGGCGGCUGGUCCAGCCCCAGGGGCCCCGUCACUGGGCGUCAUUGGCUCAGGCAUCAGGGCCCUCAUCACCCUCUCCCGCGUCGGUCGGGACCGGCGGCGGCGGCGGCGGCGUCAGGGGGCGGAGCCGUCCGGGGCGCCCUUUGUGUGCGGAGGCGGAAUUCCACAUCCUAUGGGGCUCUAUCUUUAUGAACGGUUUGUAUGUCUCUUUAUAGACUUCCUAGAUCCCUAGGUGACCGACCCUGCUGGGUUUCUUCUGUUGACUCCGGUGCACCUCAUUACAGGUGCUCAACCUGAAAUUGUAUCUCUCAAGAUCCCUGCCAGGAGGCAGAUUUGAAUACCAUAGUGAAGUCUGUGCAUGAAGGAUUGAUGCCUUUAGGGGAAAAAACCAAUGUACUAGCCACCUUCGGGAACCUCCACAUCUCAACUCUGCAUGAACAAGGCAAGCUUCUGAGAGUGGCUGCCCCAGAGAAGCAGAAAUCAUUCUCAUGGAUAUCCACUGGCUCCUGACCCUCUCAUGAGAUAAGGCACCUUUAAUACCUGGGAGUGGCUAUUUCCUUCAGGGACUGACAAGGAUACUGAAGCUGCCAAUACUGGGGUAUCUCCUGACCGUCAUGAUAGAAGAGAACAAGGCUUUGGUGACAUUACAACUUAAGAACUGCAGAGAGGUGUAGUCAUCCUGGUGGAGGACUGAAUCCAGUAAUGCCUUCUCAGAAUGCCGUACUUUCCCAGGAGGAAAACAUGGAGAAGGAAAUGAGUGUUGGAUCACAGGUACUGCGGUCUCAGGAAUCACUGACAUUCCAGGACGUGGCUGUGGACUUCACCAGAGAGGAGUGGGACCAGCUGUACCCUGCUCAGAAGAACCUCUACCGAGACGUGAUGCUGGAGAACUAUAGGAAUCUGGUUGCACUGGGACAUCAACUGUAUAAGCCAGAGGUGAUCACUCAGUUGGAGCAGGAGGAGCAAUGGAUGAUGGAAACAGACAGCCUACCAGACACUUAUCCAGAUGGGGAGAAUAGACCAGAAAUAAAAAAAUCAAACCAGAAUAUUUCUGAUGAAAAUCAAACCCGUGACAUGAUAAUGGAGAGAUUAACAGGAGACAGUUUUUGGUACUCCAUCUUAGGUGGACUCUGGGAUUUUGAUUACCAGUUAGAAUUUAACCAAGAAAACCAGCAGAGACAUUUAGGGCAAGUAUCUUUCACCCACAAAAAGAUCACACAGGAGAGAAGCCUUGAAUGUAAUAGAUUUGGGGAAAACUGUAAUCUGAACUCAAACCUUGUUAUGCAUCAGAGAAUUCCUUCAAUUAAAAUACCCCUUAAUUCUGACACACAAGGAAAUAGCAUCAAACAUAAUUCAGACUUGACUUACUAUCAGGGAAACUAUGUAAGAGAGAAUCCUUAUGAAUAUAAUGAGUGUGGAAAAAUCUUCAAUCAACAUAUUCUUCUUACUAAUCAUAUCCAUACUGAGGGGAAACCCAGUGAAUGCGGGAAGGCCUUCAGCCAAAACUCAUCUCUUACUCAACCUCAGAUAGUCCUCACAGGAGAGAAGCCCUAUAAAUGUGAUGAAUGUGGGAAAAGAUUCAGCCAGAGGAUACAUCUUAUUCAACAUCAGAGAAUUCACACAGGAGAAAAACCUUUUAUAUGCAAUGAAUGUGGGAAAGCCUUCCGUCAACAUUCAUCCUUCACUCAACAUCUAAGAAUUCACACUGGAGAGAAGCCCUAUAAGUGUAAUCAGUGCGGUAAAGCCUUUAGCCGUAUCACAUCCCUUACAGAACAUCAUAGACUCCAUACUGGAGAGAAACCUUAUGAAUGUAGUUUUUGUGGGAAAGCCUUCAGCCAGAGGACACAUCUUAAUCAGCAUGAGAGAACUCAUACAGGAGAGAAACCCUAUAAAUGUAAUGAAUGUGAAAAAGCCUUCAGCCAGAGUGCACACCUUAAUCAACAUAGGAAAAUCCAUACUCGGGAGAAAUUAUGUGAAUAUAACAAAUGUGAGAAAACCUUAAGCCACAGUCCUUCACUUACUCCUCAGCACAUUGCUCAGAAUUUUUAGCUUCGUCCUGGUGGGGGUGGGGUGGGGUAAGGGAAUCACAUGAAUAUAUAAAUGUAGGAAAAUUUUAGUCAGACCUUUUCAUCCCAUGCAAUAUCAAAUUAUUCAUGGUGGGGAGAAAGCUUAUAAAUAAACUUUUAAUGCAUAGAAGCCAAAUAAAUUUAGACCUUAAACUAGUAGCAUAUUAUAUUCCCAGAAGAGGUUAUAAAUAGUGAAAAUAAUUUAUUUUAUAAACAAGAUUAUAUUAGUCAUGUUCCAAAACUUUUUUUAAUGACCAGAAAUCCUGUAGGCAAUUACCUAUAAUUUUCCCCUGUGAUUUUUAUAGCAUAAAGUUUUUAAAUUAUAUAAACAUUGAUUAAUCCAGGCAAUGAUGUA